AUGGAUGCUUUUUAUUUAACUUUAAGUUUAUUUCGGCGACGAAGGUAUGAUAAAUGUAUUGACAUAUGUACAAGUAUCUUAGAUAAGCAGCCUCUGGAUCAAGCAGCAUGGUGUUUAAAAAUGCGCGCGAUGACUCAGAGGAUAUACGUGGAUGACAUAGAAAGUGAGGAAAUUCCAGAGAGUGAUUUUUUAGACGAAAAUGUUAUGGCUUCUGCCCCUCGGCCUGGCACAUCCAUGAAAACUGCUGAACAGCCAAAAACUGGUGCUCUAGGCACGAGACCGAGGACGGCGACCGGUCGUCCCAUAUCUGGAGUAGCACGGCCAGGAACUCAAAAUCGCCCCGGUUCAGCUCUGGAUCGCGUGAGGACCGCCAGGCCAGUGACAGGACAAUCGGCCAGAGCCAUACGUUUGGGCACAGCCGCUAUGUUGUCACAGAAAGACGGCCCGUUCAUCCAAGUUUCCAGACUGAACAUUGCAAAGUACGCUAAAGAUCCCAAGUUAUCAAAACCUUUAUUCGAGUACCUUUUCUAUCACGAAGGAGAUAUAAGGAACGCCAUGGAACUCGCCGUUCAAGCUACGCAGUUUUGCGAAUUUAAGGAUUGGUGGUGGAAGGUUCAGCUGGCAAAAUGCUAUAUAGCGUUGAAUUUGAUAAGAGAAGCUGAACAGCAACUUAGAAGUGCCCUAAAGCAGCAUCACCAUGUGGAGACUUUUAUUAGACUUACUAGAAUAUACGUCAGAUUAGAUCAACCUCUGUCUGCGAUAGAAAUUUGCAAGUCCGGUUUGGAGAUUUUUCCAAAAGAUGUAUCCAUAAUGACCGAAUUGGCACGUUUGUCGGAGGCGUUGAAUGAUACACCAACCUCCGUGAAAUAUUAUCGAAAUAUUGUGAUCGAGGACGCCAUGAACACCGAGGCCAUAGCGUGCAUAGGGAUGUACCAUUUUUAUAACAGUCAACCAGAGCUAGCUUUGAGAUAUUACAGGCGUGUCUUGGCGAUGGGCGCCCACUCAGCGGAGUUAUAUAACAACUUGGGCCUGUGUUGUCUGUACUCCCAGCAACUGGACCUCACUCUCCCUUGCUUUCAGCGAGCUUUAAACCUAGCGACGGAGCCCCCGAUUAGAGCCGAGGUGUGGUACAAUUUGUCGCACCUAGCUAUAGCAGCGGGAGACAUGGAGCUGGCAAUACGCUGCUUGACUUUAUGCUUAUCUUUGGACUCUACACAUGCCUCGGCUUAUAACAAUCUAGCUGUUUUACAUCACAAAACAGGCAAGAUCAACUUGGCUAAAGCAUAUUUAACAUCUGCAAGGGAAAUGGAGCCCGACCUGGUGGAGCCUCAGACCAAUUUGGAACUUUUACAAGCAGAAUAGUUAUUUUUUAGAAGCAAGUACAUAUCUAAAAAAUUUAUAAUUUCUCUAGUUUAAAUUCAG